CCAAGGAAUCCUGUGCCAUAUUUCAUGUUAACUUUAAAAUUUUAGGUUCUCCUCAAAGACCAAGAAAGCCUAUGUCAGGCCCACCAAUAAAACAACCAUUAGGACCACAAGCUAUUGGCAAAAUCAAGUCCAAACAACAGAAUAAGAUUACAAGAAUCGGGCUGCCAACCAAUGUAACUCACAUGGGUCAUGCCAAAUCACCCGAAGAGGCUGCGGCUCUUAUAGAAAAGCUCCUUCAGUCUGGAGGGGCUGAUAUGAAAGGGACGUUACCGGCCCCUUUAAAACCAGGCUUGAAGCCAAAUCAAUCUAACAUUCCAAAAAGUAAAACCUCAGAUGACAUUCCAUUAUCAGCAGACACAGUCCUCCAACCUCCACAAGGCAUGCAACGUGUUCAAAGUGCUGAAAACAUUACUACAGCUAGUUCACAACCAGUUCCUGCAUUAAGGAAGGAUAGCUUGGAAGGGAAGGAAGCUGAUGAAGAAUCAAAACCAAGACCUGCCCCAAGGCGAAAUAUUCAGAGUUGUUACAUUGAAUCAAAUAGUGGAUUAUCAUCCGCAGGGCCGACCACAGCCCCGCCCCCUGUUGUUCCAAGACCACAGUCUAUGAUAGAUAGAGGCACGUUACCAGCUGUGCCAAAAGCUUUACCAGAGACUAGUCAGAAUUAUUACUCCAGUGUUGUUGAUCAUAGUAAAAUUGAUGCGGAGAAAGGACAAAUAUUACUGAAUGGGUCUAAUAAAAGUGAAACUGUUUACGAGCCAACAGAAUAUGAAACUAUAUGGGGUGCAAAAACAACUAAUGUUGGAGUGGUAGCCCCAGCCCCGCCAGCUGUUCCUAAAAGAAGAGAUUUGGCACCGGAAGGAGAGUCGCUUUUAGAUAAACCUAUGUCACCAAAUGCUAAAGAAACCAAGCCGGACCCAUUUGAUACCAGUGCAAUAUCUCAAAUGCUUCCAACUAGUAUUCCUUUAAUGCCAACUCAACCUGCUGUUAUAAACACAGAUACAUCGAAUUACAAUAUGCCAGCCGUUCCUCCUCGGCCAGUGAAUGAUAACGCCCUAAAAACAAACGCUGUGUUUAAUGAAUUUGACAGUUUAAGCAACAAUUUUACACCAAGUGAAGGGGCACCUUCACAUCCACCCCCUUCUUUACCUAUGUCCAGGCCCCAGGGUAUGCCACCCCCACCUCCCCCAAGAAAUGACUCAAAUAUGUGCAAUACUGAACCAAUGGCAUCAGCCCCUCUUUCAGCUCCGCCCCCUGUACCCGCUAGACCGCCCACUGAUAUACCAUUUACCAAUCAGGGUGCAGUACCAUUAGAUAUGCCUCCUGUACCAGCAAGACCUGCCCCUCCUCCUCCUGUACCCAAAAGACCUACAGCAUAAUUCCUCUCUUUGUUUACAAAUCACUGAUUAUACAGGUGAAAAUAAUACGUAUUAAUAUUGAAAACAUUCUGAUGCUUAUAGAAUAUUGUCGUUAUUCAUUAGUCUGAAACUCUUGAAGAUGAAGUUUAAAAAGUGACCAAUGAGAGGGAGGCACAAUCUAGUCUCGAUUUUGAGUUUAAUUAUGUAGUCCUAUGAUUUUCGUUACUCAUAAAUGUUUAGCAUUUUUUCUUGUUCAGUUAUUGGCUAUGAUUUAGAUUAAAGAAAGUGUAUCAUAUAUAUUUCACAUAUCCCCUGCACUACCUUUUUUAUAUCAAUUAUAUGACCUCCGACUCAAAUGAGGUGAAAUCAAUAUACAUGUAUAUGCAUUUUUUAGCUUCUGAAAAGUAAUUAUAGAGAUUAUAGAAUAUUCAUUUUUGAAAAGGAGGGUCAUCAAAAAAUAUUCUAUGUCCAUUCUUUAUUUAUAUCCAUAUAAAUCAUUUUUGCAGUGAACCUUAAAGGGUAUAAAGCUACCCGGUAUACAUGGCAAAAGAAAAAAGCAUUUCAAAAAUUGUUCAGUUCCUAUGUUGUUUUUACCAGGACAUAAUCAUCUCCGGGACGUCUUUGGGACAGACACCUUAUUUCCGGGACUUUCCCGGAUGUCCGGGGCGUUAUAGCAUGUAUGAUGUUACAGUUUAUAAAAUUUUAUAAAAAAAUACUUCUUUAGCUUUAUACCUUUAAAAGAUGUAGUGUUAUACAUAUGUAGUUAGUUUUAAUAUACCAUGUGAUCAAAUCAGUACAUAAUGUAUUUGAAAUACAUACAUAUAGUUAUUUUUAGCUUGUGAUGCUUUACCUUUAACUCGAUAUAGAUUAUGCAAGUUGCCAAAGUUACUAAUAUAAUCAACCAAUAUAAGCUGGGUCAUAUUAGCCUGCAUAGUUACUAAUAUAAGCAAUCAGUGACAGUAAGUGUGCACAUCAUGCAGUCAGAGCAUAUUAUAAUACUGCAUGUUUGUAACGUCACAUUUCAUUGGAUAAUCAUGACAUUUAUAUAGUUUUAUAUACACGGCUGAUGUCAAUUUAUUAAGAAAUUUCACUUUUUUCUCUAAAAAGGGAAGUUUGCAGUAUUAAAGAUUUGUUGUAAAUAUCCAUGACAGGUUAUAUGGCCGAAUACACUGAACAAAAGUUCUAACCGAUCACCCUGAGUUUUCGCUUAUAUAUGAAAAAGAAUAAUACCAAUAGAUCCGACUUUUAUUUUAUUUCGAAGACUAUGAACACAUUGAUAAUAAUAAAAUUAUAAAAUUUUCUAUUAUUUAAAUAAUACUUUAUCGAUAUUUUUAAAAAAAUAUUUUUAUGAACAGCCACUCACCUGUCUGAUAGAGGCUCCAGCAUUCAACAUUCCAACUGCUACGGCACGAUCCUGCAUCGACAUUCGUGCCAUGUUUUAUGUUUUUUCACUUAUAAAGUUAACAAGGAUUUAUGCAAUGUAAAAUUUAAUACUCACCACGCUCUGCACGAACAUUUCGUGCCAAAAUGUGUAAACCGCGCCCUGUCUCUCGCAUGAGUGCAUGGAACCGUAUUAAAUUAUUUUUCUUUCCACAAAUCGGUAGAACAUGACACAAAAAUCAUCUCUGCAAAAUUUUAUAAGGAUCUAUUGACCCGUUAUAAAAUAAUCAAAAUUUAAAAAGUGAUCGGUUAGAACUUUUGUUAAGUGUAUACUAGUAAAUGGUUGUUUGCAAUAUAGUCCUCUCUUAGUGGCUCGGGUUAUAUUUACAAACAAACGUUUAUAUAGGGCCAUAUAACCUGUCAACAAUCUUUAUAACUUAUGAUAUAUACUGUUGGGUAUUCAAUAUUUGCUCUUUUAAUCUUGGAGUCCAUGAAGAAAUGUAAGACAACAAAAGAUGGCUUCAAAUUUAUGAAAAGACAUAAAAAUAUAAAGAAGUAUUAAGUAAUUUGUAAUUAUUGGUUUCUGUAAAAUUGUCCUAGAUUUCACCAAAGUCACUUGUGUGGUUUUGGCAUUUGUUUGGUUUUUUUGCUUCAAUUUUUUUCUUCUUAUGUUUUUCUGUGUUAUUUUAUCUGGGUUUUUUGGGGUAGAAUAAAUAAGUGUGCAUAGAAGAUAAUAUAUUUUAAGCUUUUAUUUUGUUUAAUAUUUUAUUUUCAACCUUCUUAAAAAAAGUUUUGCAAAAGAUUUGUUAUUUAAAUGUACUUGAGUUCAUUCUAUUCCAUUUGUGCAUUUAGCCAAGUUGUUUGCGUGUUGUUGUUUUUUUUGACAAAUUUAUUUUAAAUUUACAUUUAUUUUCAGUACUACAUACAUGUUUCUCUUGAACUAUUCACAGGCACUUAUAAAUAAUAAUGUUCAUAAGAUCUUUUUGAAAAGUUUGCUAACUAGAGUCUCAUAUGAUUUGAAGCUUUUUUAUGUUACAAUGCUUUACAAAAUGUGACAAUCAUUUUCAAGAUUUUAGACUAAUCCAGUAUACAGGGGUAGUAUCAGUAAAUUGUAGCCCGACUUCCCCCCACCACUUGGGUAUAUAUUUGAUCUAUUCCGGGGAUGGUUGUGCCAAGGUUACAAUGGACUUGUGCAUGAUGUGACAUUUAUAAAGGUUAAUUAUCAUCGUGAAUAACAUGGCACUCCGCAGGGAUACACACAUGUACAUGUAUUCUGAAAAUUUUAGUCUUGUUUUUUUAUCAUCUUUUUUUUUAUCAUUGAAUUUACUGUUAGAAUAGCUAAGAUUCUAUAUAAAAAUUGAUAAAAAUUGUAUGUAAAAUGAAGUUUGUUACAUUUGUUACUUUUUGCUAAGAAAGAUCAGUUGUUGACACUGAUGUAACUUACAUGAUAACUGAAAAACCCAUUGCAACAAUAAUGACCUACUAGUGUCAUGUAUUUAGAACUAGGCUUGACAGAUUCUAUACUAUUGGCUGAAUUGAAUAGCUUCUUACUUAAAAGAGUGCAUGAAUGUUAAUAUGAAAACCCCUCACAUUUACAGUUGACUGUUCCAAAGUCGGAUUAAUCUAUUAUACAAAUUUAGCAUGGCAAACAUCAAGAUAAUUGUAGGGAUAUACUAUUUGGUCCGGUUGCUUCCGUAUCCAGGUCUCUGCUGGUCUAUUUUGAUUGGCUAAUACUGGAGACCAGAGAGUAGAAUCAUACUUAUUGGCGUCUGUACCAAUCUUCAAAUGAGCGAAUGAACUUGAAUAUCCUCUAUAUAAUCCAAAUGCUUGUUCUAUACAACAUUUGGUAUUAAAGACAAAAUUGUGGCAACCAAUAAAAUUCAGCUGUGAAAAGUUCAGUAUUAAAUAUGUGAAUGAUUCUAGCAAAAGGCGUAGAAAAUUUACUGUUACUGUUUAUUUUUGUCUCCAUUGUUUUUUGUUAAACGUGAUUUCACUGGUCAAUAUUUUACACACCUAUAUGCUGUAUGUUGAUGCAAAAUUGAUUCAUUUUACCAAACUUUAAUUAAAUGUUAAUUAACCGUUGGUAUCCGACAAAUGCUUCUAGCUUAAACUACCAUUAACUUUUUGUGCCAAGUUGAAGACAAUUUUACAUAGCCUAUGAUAAGUACCUUUUACCCAACUUUAAUUACAUGUUAAUAAACUGUUCUGACAAUGCUUCUAGUUUAAACUACCAUAAACUUUCUGUGCCAUUUUCUUAAAGUUGAAGACAAUGUUACAUAGUCUAUGAUAAGUACCUUUGAUUAAUUACUGCUGAAACCUUGAAAUACUCAUAAUUAUUUUAUUAAACAUAUCAUUAAAUUCGUUGUAACAACUGCAAAAACCUGGAUUUUACAUUUUAACAGAAUAACAUUUGUUUUAUUUAUUGCUUUGCCAACUUAAUAAAAUAGAAGUAACUUUUUUCUUAAAAGGUACAAACCACUUUAAAUAAAAGAUAAUAAAAUAAACAAAUGUAUGAAUUUACAAUGAUGAAAAUUUAGAUUACUGUGUAUUAUCGAAAAAUAUGAAUUAUGUUAUAAUUAUCAUUGUAGAACUAUACAUUGAUAUUGUACAUUAUCACUGUAGAUCUAUACAUUAAAUGAUAUUGUACAUUAUCACUGUAGAUCUAUACAUUAAAUGAUAUUGUACAUUAUCACUGUAGAUCUAUACAUUAAAUGAUAUUGUACAUUAUCACUGUAGAUCUAUACAUUAAAUGAUUUUGUACAUUAUUACUGUAGCUCUAUAUAUUGAUAUCAAUAUUGUACACACUGCAUUGUAUGUUGAGGUUUGUUGUAUGGUUUAUAUUGUUGUUAUAGAACAGUUAAGUUUAUAUAGUUAUGUGAUAAUGGUUGUUGUGAUACAGAACAAUGUAAUAUGGCUGUUAGAGACACAAAAAAAAUAAAUGUUUAUUAUGAUAU